UUAAGGAGAAGGCAGCGGCUUGGCAACCGAAACUAGCUGCGCUAACACUUGGGGAAAAGAGAAAUUUUCUGAUAGAAGGUAUUGGAGUUUUCAAGCAUCGAUAAAGGAUCAAAAACUGCCACCCACCGUGACAGUGAAAAUGCUUUCCACGAUGGUAAGUCGCCCGUUUUACAUGGAGGACCCCCUGCGAAGCUGGGUGGAGGACCGGAACAUUUGGCGGGAAGAGUACAGCCACGACUGGCUCGACUCGUUCUUCUCUGGAUGGGGUAGGACGUCAAAACUUGGCUCGUCCCCAGCAGGCAGUCCAGGAAUCAACGGUUUCCGCUCAGUAGCGCCCCCCACCUGCAGACCCGUGUUCCCUGCAUGCAGCACGACUUCGCACGGUCACAACGACGUGGAGGAGACCAACACAAAACGUGAAGACUACACAAAGUCCUGGAUACAACACCUGGAAGAAGAAAAAUUCCCAAGUCUGACGAACGUGAACUUCAAGAAGGCUACAAAACCGCACACUGCAGACGUCAACAACAAUAAUAAAAGCCGCCAAAAUAACGAUAAAGUACGGAACGUGCCUAUAGCGAUGCAACCCGUAAAAACGGUACAGAACGAAGCCAACUGCAAGAAAACAGAGUCCGGCAACCCUGUGAAAAGAAAGGACGAUGCCAAACAGGAGACCUCUGCAGAUAAGGCGGUAAAAUCAACUGCCAAAGAAAGGUGGACCAGGGUCGGAGAGGGGAAAGAGGGUCUGGCGCCGAUUUGGUCCGUGCAGUCACCGACAGUAAAGCUGACUGGAACGGUGGUAGAGAGAAGUGCGAAGAAGGAAGGUUACGCCCAUGACUGGGACGACGCCGAAGUGAUUGCGACACAGUGCGGGUUAUCAGAAGUGAACGAGAAAGCGCGGGAAGAGUUAGACCGGGAAUGGAGGCAGGACCUGCUGUACUGCUACCCGUGGGAGACAGAGGGCGCUUUUUAUCGUGACGUCAUCCACGUAGAGCUGAACCCUAAAACGGACAAGAUGGGCAGGCCUGUGUUGCGUCGCAAACACAGUUUCGGUUCUUGAGCUGAGAUAUAUUUGAUGAAACGGAUGCCCAUGAAAUAGCUGAAAUACUUUUUUCGUUUCAAGUAAAGAAAUUUAUGCCUAUCCCUCUGGCCGACAUUAUACUUAUAGAAAUAAGGACAAAUGAUCAAACGGCACGAUUUGUUGUUUGGUGGGAAUUCGAAUGAGAGUAUUUAAUGUUGACACUAUGAUUGACAGUAAUUUCAACAUAAAUAUAUGCAUAUUUUUUCGUAACGUUGACCCGAUUGUAACGGCAGGAUCUAGGAAACGGCAAGAUAGGAAAAUACUUAAAUAAAAUACUUAAUAAAAUUGACAGGUAAGCAAA